AUGAUCGACGACUCUGCUUCGGAUCUGACAUGUACAUCUGCGACAGACUCGUCUGCUAUAGGUUCACCAACAUUUUCUCAGGCGAACAAUGGACCAAUUUCCAAAACGACUCCAGCUAAAGUCUCGGUUAAACUCACUCAAAUCUCCUCGACCAACAGUGGUAAUUCAUUCGAAUCAAACGCACGAGCGAAAUACGUCCUGCGAGCAUUAAACAAAUAUGAAGUGGCUAAGUUUCGUCAACGUAUUGAAGAAGAAUACAAAGAAUUGGAGAUAACUGAACAAAGAUAUUGUUAUUACAUCGAAGAUUCAGAAAUCAGCGCCUAUGCGAAGGAACAGUUGAAGAAAUCGUCGGAUGGAACAUACUUCUUACGAUUAGCGACGGAUGCCGAACGGAAGUCGGGUGUGCGUUACGUUCUUUGUUUGGUUAGUCACAACGAAACCGUCGAUGUACCGAUUUGUUACGACGAAGAUAGUCGAACAUUUUAUUUUCUCUCGAGCUUCGGACUCGGCUCUGAAGUGAAAAUCGAAUAUAAUGGAAUCGAUGCUAUGCUGUCCGAUAAAAAGCUAAAUCCUUUCAUCGGUCUACCGUAUCCAUUCAAAAUUUGUCUUCACCGGCCAGUCAUGUUACAUUCACAUGGUUGUAUACCUUUACCUGACGAAUUGCGCACAUUAGAUCGUGAAGAUAAUAUUCUUCAUGAGUUAGCUCGGCGCAACUUAGCGCACUACUUUCGAGAAUUGAUAUUUUUAGCACAUGAUGAAAAUCACUCCUUAAAAGGAAAAGCAAUAUAUAUCCUGAAUAAAAUCAACUCAAGAAAUAAACAAGGCCUGACGCCAUUAAUCAUUGCCAUCCAAGGAAAAAAACACCAGUUUUUUGAGAUACUGAUUGACAGCUCCGUCGAUGUUAAUGUGGUCGAUGGAGAAGGACGUUCACCGAUACAUCAUGCAUGUCAACAAGCAAAUUAUAAAUUUUUAGAUAGAUUAAUCGAAGCAGGUGCUAAUCCGAAUUAUUUCAAUCGAAAACAGACAACGGAUGGAAAAUAUCUAUCGAAUCUAUCUGCAUUGCAUUACUUAGCAAUGGCUAAAAAUGCGUUGUCGGCAGAUAUUCAAAAGUGUGCCCGUCUUUUGUUACAAAAGGGAUGUUCAUUGAUGCCUUUAACAAAAGAAGGCAAAUCGCCAUUUGAUAUUGCUCAAAUAUAUGAUAAUCUUGCAUUUGAUUGUGUCAAAGUUUUUGCUGAUAAUUUGGAAUUUCAUACACUUCAACCUGUAGAAGUCUCGUCGCGACGAGAAGCGAAAUCAAUUUUAAGUGAUUAUACCGGCGUGAGUUAUAUCAGCAGGAUCAUGGGAGCUUUCAAGCAGUAUCAUACUGUAGAUCAAACGAAAAAUAACGGAUUGUUUCUAUUCUAUCGAAAGAGGAAGACCAGAGCUCAGCCUGAUGAGGAAUAUGGCCUCUGUGUUUAUUACAAUCAAAAUGUCAUCGUUUAUCCAAUAACGGAGAGAUAUAGCGCAAGUAUUCUGGAUGUGUCUGAAGUUCCGUAUGAAAGUGUGUAUCGUUAUUCACUGAAAACUGAUACGACGAUGGAUGAUCACAAUCAAGUCACAGUAUUUUCAUCGUAUGAAGAAUUGAUCUAUUGCCACUCGAAUCAUAAGGGAGUUUUAGCAACGAAAUUAACGGACUUUAUUCGAAAAGAUUAUGGUGAAUGGAAACGCGGGACAGUAGCAGAUUUAUUACAAAAGUUCGAUCUUGGAAAUCUGAUUCCCGACCCUUUUCUUGCUGAUCCGGAUCCAAUUUUCUCUGAUGUUGACUUAAUUGAAAGAAUAACUUUAUCUGAUAUUCAUUCCGCAACAAUCAUCGAUGAAAAUUCUCGUCGAUUAAUCUGGGUCGCGACAGUUCAACGAGAAGAUGACAGUUCAUUUCCAAUUAUCAUCAAAGAUUACCUUCCAAAAUACAACGUUGAUAUAUAUAAAUCUUAUCGAUUGAAAGAAUUCGAGAGCUCUCUCAAAUACAAUGAUCCUCCUAGCGAAAUCGAAGAGGAAUAUGAAUACAGUACCCGUGUGCGGCACGACUAUAAAUACGAAUCAAAAUACUUACUGACUAGUCUACAAAAGAACCCGUUUAUUGUUCAUGCCUUUCAAUGCAAUCAACGUGCCGAACGAGAUCUACGAAUCUUUAUGGAAUAUCUACCUGAAGGAAAUCUUUACUCCUAUAUCAAACAGUUGAAUCCACAAUCGAUUGAGCUCCGGAUCAAUGCCUAUCAUUGGAUUUAUCAGUUGGCACAAGCCAUGGCUUUUUUAUCGAAAUUUCAAAUUGUCCAUCGUGAUUUAGCAGCGAGAAAUGUUUUACUCAAAGACGAAAAUCAUAUCAAACUAAGUGAUUUUGGUUUAUCGCGUGCGGAAAAUGUAGAAUUGAAAGGAAAAGAAUGCAUUAUAUCACCAUGCUGGGCGGCGCCUGAAUGCUUUGCGCGCGAACAGAGAGUUUCUACUACAUCGGAUGUUUGGGCAUUUGCGGUUGUGGUUUGGGAAAUCUUCUCUUUUGGAGCCAAACCAUAUGCGACAGAAACCGACAUCAAUGAUACGAUGAAAUCACAGCAAGUUACCAUGAUUUUAAAGCGAUUUUUAAUCGAACAAGGUCGACGUUUAACAAAGCCUGAAUGCUGUUCAGUUGGUCUGCAUGAUUUGAUGUCUCGCUGUUGGAAUAUUGAUGCGACUAGACGACCACGUUUCGUGAAAAUUGUUGAUGAAUUCAACCGGAAUAGCAUGAUGAUAGAUCGACUAAAACCGUUUUCGAAAGACGAACAACGAGCAUUGCGCAACGCGAGCAAAUAUUAUCGCGAAGCUUGGGAGUCGUUCGCAACGUCUCCUGAGGAUGGUUACACAAACACAGCAGCAACUGCGAAAGACUUAUCACCAAAAAGUGAACCUUGA